AUGCUCAAAUGUUUUAAUAGAUUAGUACAAUUAUGUUUUAUGAUAAUUAUUAUUUAUGCUGGCUGUGGAAAAACUGAUAUUUUAGUAUUCUCUGCAAAAAAUAGUCACAAAAUAGAACAAGAAUUUCGUGAUAUACCUGCAAGAUUUGGUGAUAUUAUACCAACAGAAGGAAUUAAAGGUUUAGUUAUUUAUUCCAAUCCUUCCACAGCAUGUCAGGAUAUAAAAACUCCACCAAAUAGAACUGAAUAUUCUAGCUACAACUGGAUAGUAUUAAUUGCCAGGUUGAAUUGUAGUUUUGAAAUUAAAGUUAGAAAUGCCCAAAAAGCUGGUUAUAAUGCUGUAAUUGUACAUAAUGUUAAUAGUAAUGAUUUAGAGCCAAUGUCAGUUAAAGAUUCAACAAAUAUAAGUAUUCCAUCAGUAUUUGUUAGUGAAUUUACUGGCUCAUUUCUCAAAGAUGUUUAUUCCUAUGAGGAAGGAUACUUUGUUCUUAUUAAUGAUCUUCCACUCAAUUUCAACACUCAUCUUUUAUUACCAUUUGCUAUUGUUGUUGGCAUUUGUUUUUUAGUCAUAGUUAUUUUUUUGAUUGUUAAGUGUAUUAAAGAUAGACGUAGACAGCAGAGACAUCGAUUACCAUAUUCAAGCUUGAAAAAAAUUCCAACGCACAAAUAUACAAAAGGUGAUCCAUAUGAAACAUGCGCCAUUUGCUUAGAAGAUUACGUAGAGAAUGAAAAAUUACGAGUUCUUCCAUGUGCACAUGCAUAUCAUACAAAAUGCAUCGAUCCUUGGUUGACGAAGAAUCGUCGUGUUUGUCCUGUCUGCAAGCGCAAGGUUUUUGCUGCUGAUGAACGUAUUGAGACAGAUUCUGAAAGUGACUCGGACGUUGAUGACUCAACACCUCUUAUACGCGAUGGUACUCGAUCCGGAACACAAGGUGGAACCUUUGCUCAUCAACCAGAAAAUCCUUUCUGGAGACAUUUACACUUAAAUCAACAACAUCAUCAGAGGCAUGAUUCUCAAAGCUCUAACAGCAGCUAUUAUUCAACGGAUCGACCAGUUCUCAACGUAAUUGAAAGUGGACAAACUGAAACAGAGGUAGAUGCUGACAGCACAAAUAAUAUUGAUGCCACAUCAUGGACAGUCUUUCUUGUUUCAGAUUCUCAUAGUAUAAACGGUGAGGUACCAGAUAUUGAAAAAUCUGUUAGUAGUACUAAUCCGUAUACAGUGAAUUUAUCAACAGACGCUAAUGAACAUUGUGUUUCACAUAUCAACCAUUGUCUGGUAGAACAACAUGCAAGGACUGUUUCUAGACCUAAUGUUAUUGGUUCAUUAGGACUAUCUAUGGUAUCUCAAACAUGUGAAGAAGCUGAUAUAAUAUAAUUUUGUUUAAAAUCUUCCUUUAAGGAAGGAUUAGGUCUUUCAUUCAAUCACACAAUAUAAAUAAAUUAAUCAAUUGGAUCAAUUGGCAUUUAAUGACUUACAGGUCUGAUAUUCAUUGACCAGAUAUGUCUUGUAUCAAAAGGCAUUCGGUGUAUCUUAUAAAUUAUGAGAUCCAGAAAAAGAGACUGGAGUUUUGUAUACUUCGAAAUAUAAAAAUAAAUUUUUAUUAUUUAAAAAGUUAUGCAGAGCUGGGAUAGUUACCAAUCUGCAAAGCAAAUAUGUAUCACGUAGUUUUUAUUUUGCUUUCUUUUAAAGUGAUAUACCUACUUUACAGUACUAUCGCAUUUCACUUAAUGUAUAAACAAUGAACGUUUUGAAAAAUAAUUGCGAUAAUUUGUUCGUAUACUAAUGUGAUAUUGAUUGAGAAUGUGAACAUAUUGUUGUAGUAACAUGCAGGCUAAACUUUACAAGAUUCUUUCUCAUAUUAUUCUCAUAAGAAGCAGAAUAAUUCUUUAUCAUAUUAUAAAUAUUAAAGAUUAAGUUUGCUUACUAUG